AAAUCUACAUAUCCUACUAGACAAUACUUCACGAACUUAUCACAUAUUCGAUUUCUAACAUUGUUCUUAAUGUAGCUUAGUAGAAAAGACUCUUUCAACACUUGCCGUGUAACCAUAAAAUCAAUUCAAAAUUAAGGGUAGCAUGUACGUAAUUUAAUUAUUAGGUAUUGAAAAUAGUUUGGGAUAGCGUUUUACUGUUGCAUGAUGUUUAAAAUAGAAUAACAAAUUAGUAGCAACAUAAUUAGAAUAUGUUUGAUAAUAGUAGUGUCCUAGGGUGGAAUAACACGGACUACCACUUAUAUUUUGUUAAUCAUAAGCAAACUAUUAUCGAGGGUAGGAUAAUCAUUUUUUCAAAUGCUAGGGUGUCCCGGAUUACCAAUUAUAUUUUGUAUACCCAUACGAAACUACUACCGGCGGUUGGAUAAUGGUUUCCCCAUAAUUUAGGGGUGUCCCGGGACACCCCUAGAGGCCCAUGUAUCCGCCCCUGGUUGUUGUCGUCGUCAUAUAUAACACUAUGAUCGAUAUUGGCCGACUUUUUGUGGAGAAAUUUUUUUUUUAACCGAUCAUAAUAAGUAACUUGUUCCAUAUUUAUGUUCGAGUUUUGGCGUUUAUAUGAGCUUAAUAUUCGAAAUUUGUUGCUGGGUGUUUUGCCUAGGGUUCUCUCAUCAGUCGUCAUAAAUAUGAAUUGAUCAUUAGCUCUUGAGAAAUACAACGUCUGCAUGCUUUGGGAUUGUAAUAACAUUGCUUACAUUUUAUAAAGGAAAAACGAUAUAUGGUGACUAGAUAUAUACGUACGAUGUGAUAGUACAAUGAUAGGGCAAAGAGCAAUGAUUUUGGCGCCUCUUGCUGGCCCAGCACGUAGUCUAUAAUAUAUGCACUGAAUGGGGGUCUUCACGUGGAAGUCAUGCGCUGCUAGAUGGUAGAGCACUGAAAUCACAAUUGAAAAUAACGGAGAGAGCUGGACCGUAACGCGACAAAUACUGAAAUGAAUACCAAAAAUCGAAAAUUACAAGUGCUAUACUAGUUCGGUAUUCGGAGGAGGGCUGAACCGUGGACCGAGGGCGGCCCCCUAGAUCCUGCCGCUGCAUUCAACUCAUGAUUUGAGGGACAUGGCGUUGAUAAUGUUUGGAUCAUGGUUGUUAUUAAAUCGGUGGUAUACCAAUCGGUGUAGAUUCAAUUGGUGCGUGUGUAAACUGGUUGGAAUAUCAUCGGUAUGAGGUGGUAGUCAAAAUCUAUCAGUAUUUCAAUCGAAUCAUAUCACUUGUUAAACUGACAGAACGAUACAAACAGGUUUGACAACUCUUUUCCUAAAUUCCUACACCUUUUUAUUUGAACCAAAAAAAAACAAAACAAAAUUAGAGUAUAUAUGUCUCUUUUAGACUCUUAUUAUAUAGUAAGUUGGAAAACCAGUUGCACAUAUUUGAUGGAGGCAUAUGGAUUAUGAAAGUACCAUUUUGUUAGUCACUUCAAAUUGUAGUGACUGAUCUGUCAAUACAUAAACUCCAGUGGUGGAUUUGUUAACCGUCCAAAGUUAAGGGACCAUUUAUGUAACUAAGCCGUUAGGGGAACCCUUCGUGGAUUGGGGGCGAUGAAACUCGCGAGACUCCGCUCCGAUCAUCACUGCAAUUGGCGAAAAUUAGUUUCACUUUCACCGGCGGCUGAACGGCGACACCAACUUCACUUCGAUCCUAAUUAUCAUGUCAAUCAGAAGCUGUCUCAAAAACCUCAACACCGUCAAAAAACGUACUCGACUCCCGCUCCUUCACCAAGAGCCCUAUCGAGAACUCCCGCUGUCCAUCGCCAAAACCUUCGACCCAUUCUAUUCUUCUCCGCCUUCCCCCGCCGCCGCUCUCUCCGAUCUCAGCCCUUCCAAACUGCUUCAGAUUCUCACCGACCCUGCCGUCAAGCCCUCGGAGGGAUAUCAGUUCUUCAAUUGGGUGCUCGAGAACCAGUCUUCGGUCUCGUUCAUCCCCGAUCUCCAGGCUCAUUUGACGCUCGUCUGCCGGCUGUUGAAGGUGAGAAGGUUCCCGGAGGCAGAGACUCUCUUGAAAAGCUUGAUAAUUGAUCAAAAGGGAAGGUACCCAUUUCCUCUACUGGCUUCUACUGUGGAGAAUUGUUCUUCUUUGAAACCCAGAGCAGUGGCAAAAUUGUUCAAUGUGAUGCUAAACGUGUAUUCCGAGAACGAGAAGUUUGAGCAAGUCCUGGAGGUCUUCGAUUACAUGAGGAGGAAUGGGGUGGAGAUUGAUGAGAGAACUUGUACCCUGCAUUUGGUUGUGCUCAAGAAAAAUCAGGAGAUGAAGUUGGUGUUGAAGUUCUUUCACCGAAUGAUUAAAUCCGGUAUUGAGAUCUCUCCUUACUCGCUCGCAGUUGUUGUAGGUGGGUUGUGCGAGAAUGGGGAGAUGAGAAGGUGCAGAGAGUUUGUGGAGGAAAUGAUCGGUUUUGGGAUCAAACCCAACAUCGUUACUUUCAAUAUAAUGCUGAAUGCCUGUUUGAAAAGGUGGAAUUUUGCACAGUUGGAGUUGAUCUUAGCACUGAUGAAGAAUCAAGAGACGUCCUGCGAUGAAAGGACGUAUAAAAUACUGAUUGAUGGCUAUGUAAGCUCCGGGAAGCUCGAAGAAGCUGAAAUGAUGGUCUUGGAGAUGCAUGAUAAAGGUUUUGGAGGAGACAUCCACUUGUGGAACUUGGUUCUAACAAGGUACUGUAGACAAGGUCUAGUUGAUACAGCAGCUUUGCUGUUCGAUAAGAUGUAUUUGAGAGAUGUUACUCCGAAUGCUAAUACGUACUGCACGUUGAUCAAUGCACUGUGUGGGGAAGAGAAGAUUGAUGCUGCCAUGGUGUAUGUGAGCAAGAUGGUGAAGGAUGGGAUUGAGCUAGACCAGGUUAUGCUCAACACGUUAACUGAUGGGCUUUGCAGGAUAGGAAUGGCAAAUGAGGCUUGUGAUUUGCUUGUUGGGAUGCAGGAGAGUGGAUUUGCUGUCGAUGUGAAUAUUUGUGGUGAGAUGGCUAGGCAGCUCUGUUUGUUGGGUCAGUUUGACAAGGCUAAGGUGCUGGUAGAUAUGGUGAGUAGAAUUGAAACAGGUGAACGUUCUGUUGACAGAGAUGACGACGAUGAUGAUGACGAGGAGGAGGAAGGUGUUGGUGGUGGUGAAAUUGAAAAUGUAUCGGAACCAUGAGUAAUGAGUUUCACAACCUGGCUGUCUGCACUUUGACAACCAGGAACUUGUUGCCAGAAGCCAACCGCGACUUUUCUCAUACACACGCUACAGGCAUCAGAUGUAUGUAGAUGACAAUGAAAUGGUGUGUGGAUACAGAUACAAAUGAUGUUGCAGAGGAAAGAUUCGGCUGUGAGUGCAGACCAGAAACAAAGGAUACCAUCUUACUUUCAUUUCUCGGGGAAGGAUCUUUUGCAUCUUCAACUUAAUAUCAUGUAUGUUUUCUAGCUUUUUCACCAAAUUGAUCAUUCUUCAAGGUUGUAACCUAUCAAAAUGAAAGAAUAAUAAAAGGAACAGACUGUA